AUGACCUCCAUAGUCCCCAAAAUCAGCUUAAGAGACUUCGACAAUAGGCGUGAGGAAAUCAAACAACAAUUGUACGAAGCAGCCACUAACGUGGGAUUCUUUGUCUUAAAAGAUCAAGAGAGUCCUAGCAUCCAAGACAUCGAAAAGGCCUUUGCGCACUCAGCAGACUUCUUUGCCAAACCAGACGAUGUCAAAAACAAGAGACCGUUCGUCAAACUCGAAAACUGUGGGUAUGAGUUCCAAGCCCAGGUUAGGCCAUCAACUGGUACUCCGGACUUGAAGGAAAGCUUACAAUUGCAGUACCACAAAAAGGAUGAAUAUUGGCCAGAUACAGAUGAUAUGGGUGAGGAUUGGGCAACGUUUAUCCAGCAGUUCAUGCAAAAGAACCAAGAGUUGUCGAUGAAAGUUUUGAGCUGUCUUGCUGAGAGUCUUGGAUUUGAGCUGGACUUCUUUACCACAGCCCACCAGAUCGAGAAAACUACUGCUCAAAGCACCUUGCGAUUGCUCCACUAUCCAGACAUUACCGGCCAGCACAUAGCACCCAAUUCAUGGAGAGCUGGUGCACAUACGGACUUUGACGUCAUGACAGUGCUCUAUCAAAGAACUGGCGACCUUGGAUUGGAGGUUUGUCCAGGUAGAGAGGCGCAUACUUCAUUUGCUUCGGGUGAUACCUGGUACCCAGUCGAAGCCCAAACUGGAGAAAUCGUCAUUAAUAUUGGUGAUAUGCUCAUGUCUUGGUCAGACGAUACAUUGAAGUCGAAUUUCCAUCGGGUCAGAACGCCAAUGGUGGGAGAAAACCAAAAGUCCCGCUAUUCCAUUGCAUGGUUCAACCAGGCCAAUAAAGAUGUGGUGAUUCAAGGUCCAAAUAAAAAGUAUGAGGCCUUGACAGCCAAAGAGUACAUUACCAACGCUAUGAAACGAAACUUUGCCAAGUUGUCUGAGAAGCAAGAGCAACUUGCUGUGAAGUCAAGCUAA